AUGCCUUUUCAAGCCCGCGAUCGCGCCGUCCCGCCGCACCCACCUCUUAAAAGGUCAGAGCGGAUGAUAGAGCGGAUGGCAGAGCGGCCCGAGACUUCCUUCAACCCCAAGGGAGGAGAUAACAGAAGUCCCAGCGUGCACUUUAACGGCUAUGCUACACAGUGCUACCUCACUACUGGAGUCUUUUCUUGCAAGCACAAGGUGCCGCUUAAGGACGGAAAAAUCACUCAUGCCGGCAAGUGCAGAAGCACCAACCACGAAACUCCGUGCGGCAACAUGGCCAUGAGAAACAAGGAGUGGUAUUUCAGUAGACUUUGUGCUCUCUGCGCUGUCGAUGCUAAGGCGCGGUACGCGGGUUCCUUUGAGGAGUUUAUGAGGGACGUGAAGGGUGGAAAGAUGAUGAUUACCAAGGAUACACAGUCCACUACGGCUAAUAUGGCGGAGGAGGAGAGCAACGAACUGGCCUGGGAGAAAGCAGCUGCCAGUCUCAUGGAGCCAAAGGUGAAGAGCCCGGUUCAGGAGAAGCUGCCACCACCAUCAUCCGCUAUUCGAGCCCAAGCUCAGGAGAAGACCGAAAACCUGGAUGUUGCCAGCAGCACCGCUUUGAAUACGAAGAUCUACAACGAUUAUCCCCAGAAGACUGUACAAGAAAGCUUCCACAGAAAUAUCACCAAGAAAGAUAACGAUAGCUUUGGUACUGCGGGAGAACAAACCUACAAAUAUUCCAAAGACGCCAUGGACACCGUACUCUGGGAGAGCUACCGCAAGAUCUGGAUGUCCAUGCCAAGCGCCGACAAUGGUGCUGCGGAUCCUGAACCAGCUUCCUCGCACACGUCCUCGGUCCUCGGUGGUGUCUGUAAGGCACUGACUCCGAAGUACGUGCCCGAUUCACAGCUGCCUUUAGAGGGUGAGGAGGGCGAGCUUGUUGAGAAGCCGGAUAGGGACUGUGAUGAUGGUGGUGAGGAUGGUGAAGGAUGGGUGAAUAUCGCGGGUGGUGCUGAGGCAGCUGAGUGGGUCUGA